GGUGGUUAGUGAUGAGAACGAGCCACCGCUCCUUCGCCCGGUGACCUCUGACCCGCGUCGCCAUCGUCCAGGGACGGUUUUGAUCUCCAGCAGCAGUGACGUUGUUUGCCGACCCCUUUCAGAGCCCGAAUUACAGCCCUGUGGUAGCGGGCAGCCCAUUUGCCCCAUUCACCCCCCCCCCCUGUGUCCCGAGCUGUGCAAACAGACGUGCCUGAAAAGCACUCUGCUCAUAUUAGCGGCUCCCCGAGUCUGAAGAUAAGGCCAAAUAAAUAAAAAACCCAUCAUCGUUUCCCCCCCGUUGGGUCGGGAUGGAGUCCGACUGGACUCGUGUGUCUGUCUGCUUUGUAUUUGGACCGAGCGGCACGCGUGAAGCCGCUUGAGCGCCGCGGAGGCCUCGCGUGUUCCUGCUCUCGUCUCAGACGGUACAAGAAGUUCGGAUCGCGUCGGGGCCCGAGCUUCUCUGCAGGAGCUCGUCGGACUGAAAGCGCCGUCUCCCCCUUAUCGUCCUCGGUGUUUGCCGACGCGCCGGAGGAAGCCGAUGAGUUUGUCUUGUGCAAACUUGUGCUUGUCAUUGACUUUUACGGCCCGCGGAGGCCGAUUACCGGAGCAGAAUGAACUAAAUGGUCUUGAUGGCCGCAGGUAGCUGCUGGAAACGAUUACGACCGAGGAAACAUUAGUUCUCUAGAACGGGAGAUGAUGUCGUCAUUACUUAGUCGCUAUCGGUUCUUAUCCUUCUUUUCCAAACUCGCCAGAUUAAAACUGAGCAAUUUGGUGUAAAAACAGCAGCACAAUAAUUGUCCCUUCAAUAUCAGUUUGAAUUAUGGUCCAAUAAUGGCUCGGCACCGCCGACGUGCAGCACCGCCAUCCUCUUUAUGACCGGGUCAUAUACACUUUAGACGUUUAUGGUCCACGGCAGCAGCUCCGGGCCGCCAGCGGGGAUUGACGCCUAAAUCAAGUUUUGUUUUUGACAAGGGUUUAAGGGGCCGACAAAGGAGGCCCAUAAACAACGCCGGCCCCCGAGAGGCCUGCUGCCUCCGGCGGAUCCGUCCCUUUGAUUCAAAUGAUCGAACACGCGGCGGAUCUUUGUCAGCGGGACUGUAAACGAAGCACUCCUUCACGGCUCACUUCUGGCAUAAAAGUGUGUGUGUGUGUGUGUGCAAACGGGCCGGAACCCGCCUCGCCGCGCGCACGCUAAGGCGGCCUCGCUGUCUGUCGGACGCGGGGGCGACUUUGCGGCGGCGCACAGCGGACCGUGAGGAGAUCCAAGAUCAACAGGCGGCCAUAAAUGGGGCCGAUUACACUCCAGAGACCUGAAAGGUAUUUGUGUGUUAAAUGUGCCGGUCCGUCCGGUCGGCGGCGCGUGAGGCGGUACGAGUGCUGCCUGAUCCCCUCGUACAAGACGCAUUGCACAUAAACGCACUAACCACAAUUACCGCACGCUUAGUUGUACAUGAACACGUGUCUGUGUCGUACAUACAUAGUUUUUUGGGGUGUGUUUAACUACUGGAACGAUUACGGCCCUCGUGCACCGCGACCAAUUCAACCUGAUUGACAGGAGGAAUUAAACAUUGGCUUAUUUCUCGUGGUGGAAUAUAAAAGCAUAGAACGCUGGUUGACCUUGUGAGGCCCUGAUAACUACACAACGGCUGGACGUCGAAGUGUUGUGUGUUACUGCAUCUCACAGUUCGGGGGUCGAGUCUGUUUGGCCUUCAGGGUUCUGACCUCCUGCGCGACUCCCGACGGUCUUCACUUCAAUGGCGCGAGUUGACUUGCAUGACGCCUGCAGGGUUUGGAGCAGCGACUCAAACGUUCCAUCCGCUCAGGGGUUCGUGCUGUUGGUGGUGCAGGAGAGACCAUGUUUGUUUCAUAGUCAAAUUGUUUCAAAUGGCAUCUUCUUUAAGGGGAUGGAAUUGGGGAAGUUGUCACCAGAGACAUUAACUACCCACAAAUCUCAGACUUCACAUUGAAAAACAGAGAGAAGGCGUCUGGGAAAAAGUCGUCAGAAUAAACUUCAGAAUUCCCCCAAAAUCCAAAUAUUCUAAACGAGCGUGACCCUGUGGAGUAUCGUGCGGAGAGAACUUUCCGCUGUAGACCAGCUGCCGGGGGGAGAGGGGUGUGGUUAAGUGUUCCUCAGCGCGCAUCAGGUACCAAACCGCACUAUAAAACCCUGAGGACUGAGAGGAGACGGCAAGACCAGGACGACACCGGGGACGCCACAUCAGAAGACGACCCAAAGUACAUUUUGCACGUCGCCGAGCUGCAAGUAAACUCGUCUCCUCAGAUGGCCAACAUGAGACCCUGGAUGACGCUCGCGGCGCUCGCCGUCUGCCUGCUGGUGUGCUGGAGCGGCUUCGCGGACGCCUACCCUCCCCAGCCGGAGAACCCGGGGAGCCACGCCUCGCCGGAGGACUGGGCCAAAUACCACGCCGCCGUCCGGCACUACGUCAACCUCAUCACCAGGCAGAGGUACGGAAAGAGGUCGACCCCCGAGCAGGCGGUGAAGUGGAUGCUGUUCGGUGCCGACUCGAGCCAAGACGCUGAGCCCCGCCCCGACUACAGCGAUCAGUGGUAACCGAGCCCGUGGACCCUCAGCCACACCUGGACCCUUCGAUUAACCAACGAUCCCAAAACCUCCUCAACCUGCACUGCACGUUGUGACCCUCCACACUUAAUUGUUUAAUGUGCAUGCGAAUCUCUAUUCAUCUAUUUCUUAUUUGGACGUAAAUGUAAAUAAUUUGUAUCAAAAUCACUUUACAAUAAAAGAGUUUAAGGGAAUAAAAGUAUUAAAACCGA